AUGGCCUCCGGAGCUUGCGCCUGUAACUAUAUCAGUUACACAACUACCAGUGCUCCUACUCGCCUCGUCAAUUGCCACUGUAACACCUGUCGCAGGCAAGCUGGCGCGCCAUAUCAGACAUGGGCACACUUCGCCACCGAUGAUAUCCAGUGGCAGGUGAAGCCCACAGAGCGACGAGCCACCAACACUGCCACACGCAGCUUCUGUCCGCGUUGCGGCUCAACCAUCAGCAUGGUUCUGGAUCGAUUCCCAGGGCUCACUGGCCUGGCCGCGGGGACGCUCGAUGAGGGCCACGCAACGAUUCCACCGCCCAGUCAUCACAUAUUCCUUGCUGAAAAAGCGAGUUGGUUUCAAGUCCCGGACGAUGGGGCGCAGAAGUGGGAUUUGUGGAGUCAAUGA